GGAGGCAGAAGCAGAGGCCACCCACCCAUCCCACGCGGCCGAAGCGAAGCGAAUACUUUUCUUCCUUCCUCGUCGCGCUCUCCUGUGUAUGGGUUGCUGCGGCUCCUCGCUGCGCCCGGGGCCCCACGCGGAGAAGCCGCCCCAGCGCCGCGCCCGCCGCCCCCCGCCGCCGCCGCCGCAGCCGCAGCACCCGCGCCGCCCGUCCUUCACCCUCAACGCGCACCGGGCCUCCGCCGCUCCGGCGGGGGGGCAUGGGGAGGAGGUCCCGGCGUUCGCGGAGUUCUCGCUGGCGGAGCUCCGCGCGGCCACGGGCGGGUUCGCGGCGGCCAACAUCGUGUCGGAGAGCGGCGAGAAGGCGCCCAACCUCGUCUACAGGGGCCGCCUGCAGGGGCCGGGCGGCCGUGCCAUCGCCGUGAAGAAGUUCGGCAAGCUGGCGUGGCCCGACCCCAAGCAGUUCGCGGAGGAGGCGAGAGGGGUCGGGAAGCUGCGGCACCGGAGGAUGGCCAACCUGAUCGGCUACUGCUGCGACGGCGAUGAGCGGUUGCUGGUUGCCGAGUUCAUGCCCAACGAUACCCUCGCCAAGCACCUGUUCCACUGGGAAAACCAGGCUAUUGAAUGGGCUAUGCGCCUGAGAGUUGCGUACAACAUUGCUGAAGCAUUGGAAUAUUGUAGCAAUGAGGAAAGGCCUUUAUACCAUGACCUAAAUGCAUACAGAGUACUCUUUGAUGAGAAUGGUGAUCCUCGCCUCUCAUGUUUUGGUCUGAUGAAAAACAGCAGGGAUGGGAAAAGUUAUAGCACAAACCUGGCAUAUACACCUCCAGAAUAUCUGAGAAAUGGCAGGGUCACUCCAGAAAGCGUCGUGUUCAGCUUCGGCACUGUACUCAUUGACCUUCUCAGUGGAAAGCGCAUACCUCCUACCCAUGCACUUGACAUGAUAAGAAGCAGAAGCAUCCAAACAAUAAUGGAGACAAAUUUAGAGGGAAAGUACUCUAUAGAGGAGGCUACUACUCUGGUGGAUCUUGCUUCCCAGUGCUUACAGUAUGAACCAAGAGAUAGGCCUGAUAUAAAAAAGUUGGUCUCCAUUCUUGAGCCUUUGCAAACAAAAUCAGAGGUACCUUCUUAUGUGAUGCUUGGAGUUCCAAAGCCUGAAGAAGUACCAAAGGCUCCUCCUGCUCCGCAGCAUCCGCUUUCGCCCAUGGGGGAGGCCUGCUCCAGGAUGGACCUUACUGCCAUCCAUCAAAUCCUAGUUUCACAACAUUACAGGGAUGAUGAAGGGUCCAAUGAGCUAUCUUUCCAAGAAUGGACACAGCAGAUGAGGGAUAUGUUGGAUGCUAGGAAACGUGGUGAUUUUGCAUUUCGGGACAAAAAUUUCAAACAAGCCAUAGACUGUUAUUCUCAGUUUGUUGAUGUGGGGACAAUGGUGUCACCAACGGUAUAUGCCAGGCGGAGCUUGUGCCACCUAAUGUGUGACCAACCUGAUGCUGCACUCAGGGACGCAAUGCAAGCACAGUGUGUGUAUCCCGAUUGGCCCACAGCUUUCUACAUGCAGGCAGUCGCGCUCUCAAAGCUAAACAUGCAGAGUGACUCUCUGGACAUGUUGAAUGAAGCAUCACAGCUAGAAGAGAAGAGGCAAAAGAGCACAAAAGGUCCAUGAACAACUUGGCUAGAAUCAAACAAGCUUGCACUUAUCUGUAGUAUAUUGCAGGGUUAGGAGUUAGAAGACCUGUUUGGAGAAGAUGUUCACCGGCGUAUCGUAUGAUUAAAAAAAAAAAGAGAAUCCAUUUGGCUUGGCUUCCUAUGAUAGGAGAUGCAUUUUUUUGGACCCAUGUAUAUAACAUCCGUUGAAUAGUUAGAGCAUGGGAGUUCGUUUGUGGUGGCUAAAAAUUAAAAAAAAAGAAAAAGAAUGUUGCUGGUUGUUCUCAAGGGUCCUUGUAGCUAAAGUUAAUAAAACAUUUCCUAUGUACAGAAACAUUUGUCUGGAAGUACACCAUUUCCAUAAAUACAUAUCUGUGUGCA